GUGGAUGCGCGUGAUUCCUGGUAGCAGCCUGCGCGCUUCGACGCUGAGCUCGACACCGUACUCUAACUUCCACCUCAACGUCGACGAUCCCGAUUCGCUCGACGUCGACGACUUCACGUCCACCAUGUCGAAAGCCGUCGAGACCAGUGUAUCACUGCCGCUCGCCGAGUUUCUCAAUACGUUACCAUCCCCGCUCGUCACCGCUCUCGUAGGCCUCGCCCCGCAUAUUGCGCGCGUGAGACGCGCUGCCCAGGUGCUAAGCUGGAAAACGACAUGGGAAGACAGCUGGAUUGCGCUCGGAGCCUUAUGGGCUGUAUGCUUAUUUGCGGAAGUCGGAAUGAGGUACAUGCUACCUCUGCUCGUAGCUUCUGUGCCAGUGUACGCUAGCUGGAGACAGAAAAUGAAUCCCGGACCACAACUCGCCACCGAAGAUAGCCUGCAACAGACUAUCUCGGACCUCACGACUAUCCACGCCCUUCUGCCCGCCGUCUCGCUGCCCGCCACUCUACCCCCGACGAAAGCCCUCCUACGCGUCCUUGCCAUCUCUUACGUUCCAUACCUCCUCCUCACCUUCUGUGUCCCCGUCCGCAUCCUCCUUGCGCUUGCCGGGACCAUUCUCCUCACCUGGCGCGCCCGCUGGACCGUGCUCAUACGGCGCGGCCUCUGGCGCAGCGCACACGUCCGCUGGGUGGUCUACCGCAGCUGGGGCAUUCUCUCCGGGAGGCCUCUCUCCACCGGUCUCGCAUCUCUCCAAGCAUCCAUGUCUGCCUCUGCGGCAGCCGUCGCAGACCCACAAGCCGAACAGCCCGCACAGGCCGUCCGCUUCCUCUUCACGGCGUACGAGAACCAGCGAUGGUGGAUGGGCCUCGACUGGACCGCCGCGCUCCUCCCGGGCGAGCGCCCCUCCUGGUGCUCCGCGUCACUCCAGCCCGUCCAGCCGCCCGCCGCCUUCGCGCUCCCCGCGCCCACCACGGUGUACAUGCGCAACUCCGACGGCUCGCGCGUGAAGCGCACGGCGAGGUGGCGCUGGGCCGAGCCGGAGUGGCGGGUGGUCGUGCACAAGGAGGGCGAGCCAGCCGCGCGCGUCGAGCGGCCACUCCCGAAGGAGGAGCCGCCCGGCACGACGGCGAGCAGCGCGGCGAGGAUGCUGCGGGCGGCGGGGAAGAUGCGAGAGGGCAGUGUUGGAGGGAGUCCGGAGCGCCCGAAGGUCAAGGAGAAGGAGAGCGAUGAGGGCGAGCAUCAGGGUAGAGCGGAGGAGGAGGACCAGGAGGAGGAAGUGUUCACUGACCCGGAUGGGUGGGUCUACGCAGACAACAAAUGGGAGGGCCCCAGUGCAAAGGGUGGGAUGGGCAAGUAUACCCGCUACCGACGAUGGACGCGUAUCGCAAUCUUGAUCGAGACGGUCGACCCUGCAGAACCAGGCGAGACAGGCAUUCAACGCGAUGACGACGGCGAGUACGUGCCCGGCGCACCCUCCGUCGGGCUGUCACCGGUCAACGUCACUGUUGGUCCGGACUGGGAGCCUGCACACGGCAGACCGGACAGUCUCGACAAGAAACCUCCUGCCGCCGCACCGGCGGACGACGAGAAGGACGGGCUGAGGAAGCGGCUUAAGGCCGCUGUCCAAAGUGCGGGCGCGUCAAGUUAGUGGAUACCGGUUUGGUACUGGGAAGUUCUUAUGAUCAUGACUGUAUCGACUGUAUCAGCAUCUAUUCUAACUCGUGUAUGUGUACUUGCUUGUUCCUGUAAUGACUUUCAUGCUGUACCUGUGGUAACGGGAUCUAUCGUCUUGGAUGGGA